UAAAUACAAUAAAAAGGAAUCAAAUUGUAAUUUUGUCCUCCCUUUCUCUCCCUGUGGAUACCCUUUCGGAGAUCUCAAGGGUUUUACCCCUCGAUGUUUCCGAAGGUGUCUUAACCUCUCUGUCUUCCCCUUCAAACUCCAACUGCGACUCUUCUAUCUUUGCGUUUCUUUCUCUUUUACAUAAAUUGUCAUUCUUUUGCUGUCGUUUUUGUUUUUCUUGAUUCAACAAAGAGAGCUUAUACCGCAUAGAGUUUUAAUAGAGAGAUGGCAGCCUUUUAUGCAACGCAUUGUCGUUCAUAUUCAUAUACUUAUUCUUCAUCAAUAAAUGGAGGGCGAAAUCAACGCUUUUCUUUUUCUUCUUCUUUUCUGAGAUUGUCUGUUCCGGCUAAAGCUAAGGUCUUUCUUCAAUCUCAAAGAAAUUCCUAUCAAAACGCUGUGCUCAUGCAAGAUGGUGCAGUGGCUACAAAAGCGACCACUGUGGAAAAAGAAACUGGUCUGGAGAAAUUGAAAGAUGAGUUGUUGUCAGUUACGUCUUCAAAAGAAUGGGAUGAGAAAGCAGGUUUUGAUAUCAAUGAAAAUGAGUCAACUGUCAGUAUCACAGUGGUUGGAGCUUCUGGGGACCUUGCAAAAAAGAAGAUAUUUCCUGCACUUUUUGCACUUUAUUAUGAAGACUGUCUUCCUAAGCACUUUACCGUCUAUGGUUAUGCGAGGAGUAAGAUGACUGAUGCAGAACUAAGGAAUAUGGUGAGCAAGACCCUUACUUGCAGAAUUGAUAAAAGGGAAAACUGUGGUGAAAAGAUGGAACAAUUUCUUAAAAGAUGUUUCUACCACUCUGGUCAGUAUGAUUCCCAGGAAAAUUUUGCUCAGCUGGACAAGAAGCUCAAGGAGCAUGAGGGUAGGAGGGUUUCUAAUCGCCUCUUUUAUCUAUCUAUCCCUCCAAAUAUUUUUAUUGAGGCUGUAAAAUGUGCAAGCUUGUCAGCUUCAUCUGGUAAUGGUUGGACCAGGGUCAUUGUUGAGAAACCUUUUGGUCGAGAUUCAGAAUCUUCUGCUGCAUUGACAAAAGCUCUGAAGCAGUACCUAGCAGAGGAUCAAAUAUUCAGGAUAGACCAUUAUCUAGGAAAGGAACUUGUGGAAAAUCUAUCUGUUCUCCGGUUCUCUAAUCUUAUUUUUGAACCCUUGUGGUCAAGGCAGUAUAUAAGAAAUGUACAGCUGAUAUUCUCUGAAGAUUUUGGAACUGAAGGACGCGGAGGGUAUUUUGACCAUUAUGGAAUAAUUAGAGAUAUAAUGCAGAAUCAUCUACUUCAAAUACUUGCUCUCUUUGCUAUGGAAACCCCUGUAAGUUUGGAUGCUGAGGAUAUUAGAAAUGAAAAGGUUAAGGUAUUGCGGUCAAUGAGGCCAUUGCAGCUUGAAAAUGUAGUUAUAGGACAGUACAAGAGCCACAAUAAAGGAGGAGUUACUUACCCCGCUUACACUGAUGACAAGACUGUUCCCAAAGGUAGCUUGACCCCAACUUUUGCAGCUGCUGCUCUUUUCAUAGACAAUGCAAGAUGGGAUGGCGUGCCUUUUCUGAUGAAAGCAGGAAAAGCAUUACACAAUAAGAGGGCAGAGAUAAGGGUACAGUUCAGGCAUGUGCCUGGCAAUUUAUAUAACCGAAAUUUUAGAACUGAUCUUGAUCGAGCCACAAAUGAGCUUGUCAUUCGAGUGCAACCAGAUGAAGCUAUUUAUUUGAAGAUCAAUAACAAGGUCCCUGGAUUGGGGAUGAGAUUGGACCGCAGUAACCUAAACCUUCAUUAUGCUGCUAGAUAUUCAAAAGAGAUCCCUGAUGCCUAUGAGAGGCUUCUACUGGAUGCAAUUGAGGGUGAGAGGAGGCUGUUUAUCCGAAGUGAUGAGCUGGAUGCAGCCUGGGAACUCUUCACUCCAGUUUUGGCAGAACUGGAAGUGAAAAAAAUUAUACCUGAAUACUAUCCGUAUGGAAGCCGUGGCCCUGUUGGGGCUCAUUAUCUUGCAGCGAGAUACAAUGUUCGGUGGGGUGAUCUUGGUGUGGAGCAGUGAGGGUAAAUUUCAGCAGUGCUAUCGACUUGGGAAUAGUAGAACGGGAAGCUUUGCUAUAAGGGUGCUGAAAACUUUUAGCCUUUACGAGGUUAGAAAUUUACGUUUUAUUUAUCAAUAUGGUGGCCAAAUUAGCUAGGAGCUAGCAGUUGUGUAAGCAAAUGUAAUCAACAAGGAAGAGAAGGAUUGCCCCCCCGUUCCAUUAAAAUUGUGAUUUGAAUUCAUACUUUUGCAGGGAUAUCAUUUUGCUAAAAGCAUAAAAUUCCCAAGGAAAUAGGUUGGCUAGAAGACUCCCCCGCCGCUCACUCCCUGCCUUCUUGUUUGCCUAUUUUAUUUCUUUCAAAAGCAAAAAAGCAAAACCGAAAUAAUAAACCAUGGGGCCAGGACGCCGAGUUUGGUUCUUUAUGACAGAAGCGAAUCAAUUUUU